AUGCUCCCUACCCUAAAUAUCAUCGGCGAUGUUGUUCUCGUCGAACACCUGUCUCCGCGGAUUGGGAAAGUCGGUCACGGUGACUUAGUUCUUGUGACGUCACCUUUGAACCCUAAUCGGAACUUGAUAAAGCGUGUUGUUGCUAUGGAAGGGGAUACUGUUACUUUCUUUGAUGCUUCAGGUUUUGUUUCCUCUAGAACUGUUGUGGCGUACGGACCUAGCAUGCUCCCUACCCUAAAUAUUAUCGGUGAUGUUGUUCUCGUCGAACACCUGUCUCCGCGGAUUGGGAAAGUUGGUCAUGGUGACUUAGUUCUUGUGACGUCACCUUUGAACCCUAAUCGGAACUUGACAAAGCGUGUUGUUGCUAUGGAAGGGGAUACUGUUACUUUCUUUGAUGCUUCAGGUUUUGUUUCCUCUUGA